AUGAGAUCCUACACUCGAGCUGUGAGACGAUUUUUGGAGACAACCACUCUUCAUGGAUUCAAAUACUUAUUUGCUAAAUACUAUUGCGAUAGAAUAGGAUGGCUGAUAUGUUGUUGCGCGAGCGCCGGUUGUGCCGCGGUACUAUGUACUGUGGUAUGGGCGCGGUUCCUGCAAGUUCCCGCUUUGCUCACACUUAAGGAGGUCGCUUCAGACCUUGAUGAACUCGAAAUGCCCAUGGUUGCUGUCUGUCCACCACCGAUCACAGUUGCAGCAAUGUUUACUAACCACUUUAAUGUGAACGAGACCAUAGCUGAAAGAUUUCCGAACAUAUUUGAAAAGAUCCUUCGAAGAAAAAAUGUGCCGGAACACCAGCUUGCACUUGUCGACCAAGUUUUAGAGCCUCAUGCGCUGACUUUCACGGAAGCACUUUUCGAAAUAAUGCCUCCGUGUAAAGAUAUCGUCACUAAAUGUCAGUGGCAGAGGAGAUCAAUACCUUGCAAUCGUCUAUUUGAGGAGGAUCUCACUCAGUGGGGAGUCUGCUGUGUUGCAUCGCGCGCAAGAUUUAAAUCAACUCCAACUUCAGAGUUAGAUAUUACACGAAGAUUGACUCUCGCUGUUCAGUGCUACAAUAAACCGAUGCUUAUAAACUGCCAUUUUUUUACUAAAUAUGAUGUGGAGGAAUGGUUCGAGCCGUCGUUGCUAUACUCCGGACACUUGUAUAGAGCUCAACUGGCCUUCGCGUCCGUAGUGGAUGAAGAUCCUCAUAAAUUACUGGAUGGCACCUGUGCAGCCCGCCAGUUUUAUUCACGAAGUCGUUGUUUGUUGAAGUGUAUGGAAAGCCGCUGCGGGUGUUUGGAUGUUAUACGACUGAGCGACGAUCCAGAUGAACCGACAAAAAGGCUACAAACUUGCCCGCUUCAUAAACUAAACUGUUUGAGAACCGACAAACGAGAGAAAACAACGUGUGAUUGUUUGCCAACUUGCAAGAAGGUGUCAACACGAAUGAUAAUCGAAACCAGUCGUAUGAAUGCUUUUAACAAUGCUGUAGAUAAUAUAUAUUCUGGAUUGAACGUGUCAAAGGGAAGUGUUCUAACUAUUAGCCUUGGUAUGACUGGUACAGUCGUGUCCAUGGUCUCCCCUACGGAAACAUGGAUUACAUUGCUCUCUUCUUUAGGAGGAGUAUUUAAUAUGUUUCUUGGUGUUGGAUUCUUCAGCUUAUUAGAGCUUUUAUUUUUUAUUUUAAUAAGAUUACCUAUUGCUUUUCAGAGGUCAACAGAAAUUAAUCGGUAUAAUUAA